GUCUGCGCAUCGCUUACCGUGGACCCGUUCCAGUGCGUGGGCCGCCCGUCCGCCCUUUUCCGCGUCACAUGACCACGAACACUCUUCCGCUACGGCUCCCUGAAGGGGCCAGCCUUGGCCUUUCGCGCUUCGGCCCUGGCCCUUUGCGGGCCGCUCCGCCGGUGCUGUUCCCGGGCGCCUCUGUGCUCUCGGCCAACCGCCUCUGAGAGCGCCCACUCGAGCGCCCCGGGAGCCGGAGGGCGGCGGUCCUCGCCGGGACCCUCCUGUGGGCCCAGGGGGACAAAAGUGGCUCUCAAUCCAGCACACGCACAUUGAAGCAAGUUAAAGGAUUUAAUAUGAAGCACAGAAGCAGAUAGUGCCAAAUAGCAAGCAGUAGUUGGUACACAUUUGGUGAGUGGGGCAACAUUUCCUUCUCCUACUGCUGCUGAGAUGGCAGAAAUUAGUCGAAUUCAAUACGAAAUGGAAUAUACCGAAGGCAUUAGUCAGCGAAUGAGGGUCCCAGAAAAGUUAAAAGUAGCACCACCAAACGCUGACCUGGAACAAGGAUUCCAAGAAGGAGUUCCAAAUGCUAGUGUGAUAAUGCAAGUUCCGGAGAGGAUUGUUGUGGCAGGAAAUAAUGAAGAUGUUUCAUUUUCAAGACCAGCAGAUCUUGACCUUAUUCAGUCAACUCCCUUUAAACCCCUGGCACUAAAAACACCACCUCGUGUACUUACGCUAAGUGAAAGACCACUAGAUUUUCUGGAUUUAGAAAGACCUCCUACAACCCCUCAAAAUGAAGAAAUCCGUGCAGUUGGCAGACUAAAAAGAGAGCGGUCUAUGAGUGAAAAUGCCGUUCGCCAAAAUGGACAGCUGGUCAGAAAUGAUUCUCUGUGGCACAGAUCAGAUUCUGCCCCAAGAAAUAAAAUUUCAAGGUUCCAGGCACCGAUUUCUGCACCGGAGUACACUGUGACACCAUCGCCACAACAGGCUCGGGUCUGUCCUCCCCAUAUGUUACCUGAAGAUGGAGCUAAUCUGUCCUCUGCUCGUGGCAUUUUGUCGCUUAUCCAGUCUUCUACCCGUAGGGCAUACCAGCAGAUCUUGGAUGUGCUGGAUGAAAAUCGCAGUGUGAGAAGACAAAAUGAAAUACGUUGUGAAAGACCUGUGUUGCGUGGUGGGUCUGCUGCCGCCACUUCUAAUCCUCAUCAUGACAACGUCAGGUAUGGCAUUUCAAAUCUAGAUACAACAAUUGAAGGAACGUCAGAUGACCUGACUGUUGUAGAUGCAGCUUCACUAAGACGGCAGAUAAUCAAACUAAAUAGACGUCUACAACUUCUGGAAGAGGAGAACAAAGAACGUGCUAAAAGAGAAAUGAUCAUGUAUUCAAUUACUGUAGCUUUCUGGCUGCUUAAUAGCUGGCUGUGGUUUCGCCGCUAGAGGUAACAUCAGCUCUCAAAAAUAUUGUCUCAACAACUGGAAAUAUAAAAGAUUUGCAAACUUCUUUGUUUCUGUCUCUGCGUUAUAUGCCAUUUUAUAGUCCACACCCUGAAAAUGUAUUUCUUCCAGAAAGUCUGGAAGAAGGACCUAUAUUUGUAGAAGUAAAGGUAUAUUCUGUCACUUAGCUGUAUUCACGUUUGAGCAGUUCUGCAGUAACACCUGCUUAAAAUUCUCCCUUUGCAUGUUUUGUAAAUAGGCUCCAGUUUUGUUUUUUAAAAGGAAUUUAUUUUUUGCCUCAUCAGUCCACAGAAGUGAUUCUGAAUGGCAGAGAGUCUGUAGAGAAUUGAUUUAGAUAAGUGUCUGUGAAAGAAAAACAAUUUUUUUGUCCUGUUUCUCAAACACUGUUAAGCAGUUUUGUUAAUAGACAUUUUUGCAUCAACACUUCAACAUUAACACUUUCAAAGUCAUGGUCUGGUGCCAGAUUUGAGAAACUCGAACCACCUAAUAUUUCAUAACCUUCUUCAUUAGGUACUUGUACAGAUUAAGUUCUGACAUUUCAGCAGUUUAAUAUGUGUGCAAUAUGUGCAUUCUUUCAUUUUAGUUUUGCACUUGGUUUUCUAUAAAGUACGUUUUUACUCAGUUCAUGUGUGAACAAUUUAAAAAACUACAGAAUAAGGUACAAAUGUCGUGUAUUUAAUAAACUGUCAAGCAAAGCA